AUGGUGGCAUUCGCAGUCAUCGGCCUGCUUGUCAUGUCAGCGGGCUUGGUGUCGGGAGGAACAGUGCAGAUGUUCAGGUCCACUCUGUACAGCGGCGAGAACUGUACAGGGUCAACCGCAUAUUUCAUGAGGAUGCCAUUUGGCUGCUUUGCACAGGGUGCUGGAUCGGCGAAAUUUGAGUGGGACGGCGAAAAUGUGACUUCCUGGAGUUACGGGCAGAGGAACUGCGCAGGAGCGGCUUCGACGGUGGUUGUGACGCCUGGCUGCCACGACAUGCCACCAGUCGGAUUCUAUGAGUACGCGAUUGAUACUCUUGAAGAGGCUGAGAUCCUGAAAGCCGACAUCUACGAGAAUAGCCUGUCCUGCGAUCCUUCGGCCUGGGUUUCCAAUUUGUACGUCACGUUGGAUGAGUGCGUGCCGACCAUGUACACCCCGGGUCUCUGGGUGUCCGCCUCUUGCAAUGGCGAUCAGCUGGUGGCGAGCUACUACACAAGCCACACAUGUGAUCCUGCCACGGCGGCGAACACGAGCCUCGACGUGAGCAGCUGCAUGGCUCUCUCCUCGUCAGCAGCAUUCACGGUUGCCUUCGAUUGGGGGGGUCAUGGCUGUACGACAACCACGACGACAGUCACGUCGAGCAGCACAAGCUCGAGCACCAUGACGGAGACCACCCUCACCGUGACGGUGACCACGGUCACGGCGACCACAUCCACGGCGACCACGGUCACGGCUACGGAUACGUCGACGACCAGCAGCACCACCGAUUUGAGUAAUGAGGUGUCCGGCUCCGAAACUCGGAGCGCUGGCACCGCCUGCCUUUUCUUGCUUUUCAAGUUCUUUGCUGCCCUCUUGUUUUGA